CUGGGUGGCAGCGCUUCACACAGAAAGAAAGAGACAGAAACCAAGGAGCCAGCAGCCUAGAGCCCUGGCUGUGGGGGGUGGGGGCUGACUCACUUGGCCCCCUCCCUGGUGCCGAUGGGGCAGCCCCCACACCCCUGGGCGCUGGCACGGAGUCAGGCCCCACAGUUGGGAAGAAGGGAGAUGCAGCUCCGCUGUGCCUGACCCGAGUCCGCUGAGGAUGCACCCCAAGCUCAGGGACCGGUUGGUCCUCGGGCCGACAGGCGAUGAGUAGGCAGCGACCCCCCACAGCAGGCUCACUCCGGCGGCCGCCUGCUGGGGCCACCCUGGCCGCGGGCCCGCCGGGACAACCCUGUUCGCCGCGCCCCUCCCCGGGCCGAGCUCGUCCCCGGAGCUUCGCAGUAUUUCCUUCCUGCACCUUUAAGAAGACCGUUGCUCCGUGGUGGGAUGGUGUGUUAAAGCCACACAGAGGAAGUUACGCAGCCCGGAUCAGACCGGGAGAUAAAAGCCCCGAUGGUGACCGUGAGUGAUGGCAAGAGGAUUUAGCCUCGGCAUUAACUUGGAGCGGAGUGCAGGGGGGCGGUGAGGCGCCCCGCCAUCUGGCCGGCGCCGCGCUAGGGGGAUGCUCAGGCGCCUGGACCAGCCGCGGCGAAGCCCACCCAGACCCGGGGCUGAGUGGGGCGCGCGUGCAGGUUCUCCCCUGGCUGCACAGGGGGCCCCAAAAGUUUGCACUUGUUAGCAGCGACCUCCCAAUCGGCCCGGGAGGGCGAUGCGAGCGGCGCGGUUGGCCCCCUUCCCUGGCCCGUGUCUCCGGGACGGCUGCGAGCGGGCCCCCCGGCGGCCCGAGGGUUCCCCAGCCCAGAUCUGACGGUGACCACCGCAGCGGCGGCCCGGGGCAGGAGUCCCUGGCUCUCAACCCUGCGGCCCCUGCGUCCACCCAGCACCCGCCAGAGGGUGGCGGUCUCCGGCCUCUGGGGGCUCGCUCCGGGAAGCUGCUCCGAGCCCGGGUGCUGCUGCUAAUGAACACAUUCUCUCUCUUCUCUCUUCACGAUGAAAGCCAAGCCAGAGCUCAGGUACCUGGAUGAAGUGAGAGUUGAAGUCUCUGGAAUUUCACAAUAAGUGGCCGAUGGCUACUAGCCAAGGUCAGCUGGCCCCCGUCAGAGCAGAGGCAAAUGGCCUCUCCUGUUAGCAUUUUAGUGGCCUUUUAAUAGGCCAGUCACACAGUCAUUGUCACUUUCAGCCCAUAUGAAAAGAAAUCUUUUUUAUUAGUCUGAGAGACCAAGUCCAGUCCCAAAGAGGGGACUGGUUUCCAGCUAACGUGUACACGUCCUGAUUUCAUGUUACUGGUUUCCAGCUAACGUGUACACGUCCUGAUUUCAUGUUACUGGUUUCCACGCAGGCUGUUAUGCAGGCACGCGGAGCACAGUGCACAUUAAGGGCCCUUUAAAGACCUGGAUUGAUUGGAAGGACAAAAAUUAAAAGCAAUCUGAUCCAGCCCCAUGCCGGAUCCCUGCGGAUUUCCUCCUUAUCCCAUUUCCAUCCACGGUCACAAUUUGAGAGUCUGCCCGAUUUGAUCAGCUUCACCUCCAGGGGAGGUGUAACACCAAGGUUAGGAGGACGCCAAGUUACAGGCAACUUUUUGAUCUGCCCAUCAGCAGCCUGAGAAACGCUGGCUCUGGAUUUUCUGUCUCGGCCAUUUGGAGAACGCAAACUCCCCCGUUGGCAAACCAGACCUGCACUGUCGAAUCAAUGGUACAGCCCAGCCGCCAUCGCCUGGUAGAUGUGGCAUUUCCAUGCUGAGGUCCCAAGUGCCCCCUGACCCCACCACCUCUCCAGUGCCCCUCUGGGCCCCACCCAUUCGGACUGCGCAGCCAUGCUGCACCUGCUGGCCCUCUUCCUGCACUGCCUCCCGCUGGUCUCUGGGGACUAUGACAUCUGCAAAUCCUGGGUGACCACAGAUGAGGGCCCCACCUGGGAGUUCUACGCUUGCCAGCCCAAGGUGAUGCGCUUGAAGGAUUAUGUCAAGGUCAAAGUGGAGCCCUCGGGUAUCACGUGUGGAGAUCCCCCUGAAAGGUUCUGUUCCCAUGAGAACCCUUACCUGUGCAGUAACGAGUGUGAUGCCUCCAACCCUGACCUGGCCCACCCACCCCGGCUUAUGUUUGACAGGGAAGAUGAGGGACUGGCCACCUACUGGCAAAGCGUCACGUGGAGUCGCUACCCCAGUCCACUGGAAGCCAACAUCACCCUCUCAUGGAACAAGAGCGUGGAGUUGACAGACGAUGUGGUGAUGACUUUCGAGUAUGGCCGGCCCACGGUCAUGGUCCUCGAGAAGUCUCUGGACAAUGGCCGCACCUGGCAGCCCUACCAGUUCUAUGCAGAAGACUGCAUGGAGGCCUUCGGCAUGUCUGCCCGCCGCGCCCGAGACAUGUCACCCUCCAGCGCCCACCGGGUGCUCUGCACCGAGGAAUACUCACGCUGGGCAGGGUCCAAGAAAGAGAAGCAUGUGCGCUUUGAGGUAAGGGACCGCUUCGCCAUCUUUGCCGGCCCUGACCUGCGUAACAUGGACAACCUGUACACGAGGAUGGAGAGCGCCAAGGGCCUCAAGGAGUUCUUCACCUUCACUGACCUGCGCAUGCGCCUGCUGCGUCCUGCGCUGGGUGGCACCUACGUGCAGCGAGAGAACCUCUACAAGUAUUUCUACGCCAUCUCCAAUAUCGAAGUCAUCGGCAGGUGCAAGUGCAACCUGCAUGCCAACCUGUGCACUGUGCGUGAGGGCAGCCUGCAGUGUGAGUGUGAACACAACACCACAGGUCCUGACUGUGGCAAGUGCAAGAAGAACUUCCGCACGCGCGCCUGGCGAGCUGGCUCCUACCUGCCCUUGCCCCACGGCUCUCCCAAUGCCUGUGCAGCCGCAGGCUCCGCCUUUGGCAGUACCAGCAGGUCCAGAAAAAUCCCUGCUCCCAAAGCCCCUAUGGCCACUGAGGCCACAAGGAGGGGCCCAGUCACUUCUAUUCCCUCCACAUCUACCAUCCAAGUCCCUACAGCCCCAAGCACCCCGCACCCCACAGCUGUGACUAUCCCUGUCGCCAUCCCUUCCCAAGCCAAGGACUCUACACUUUUCCAGCUCAAGCCCAGAUCUCCUCAGGUGAUACCCAUUGAAGAGUUUCAAGACUGUGAGUGCUACGGGCACUCCAACCGCUGCAGCUACAUUGACUUCCUGAACGUGGUGACCUGUGUCAGCUGCAAACACAACACUCGAGGCCAGCACUGUCAGCACUGCCGCCUGGGUUACUAUCGCAACGGCUCUGCCGAGCUGGAUGACGAGAACGUCUGCAUCGAAUGUAACUGUAACCAGAUCGGCUCUGUGCACGAUCGUUGCAACGAGACAGGCUUCUGCGAGUGCAGGGAGGGCGCAGUGGGGCCCAAGUGCGACGACUGCCUUCCUACACACUACUGGCGCCAAGGAUGCUACCCCAAUGUGUGCGACGACGACCAGCUGCUCUGCCAGAACGGCGGCACCUGCCAGCAGAACCAGCGCUGCGCCUGCCCGCCUGGCUACGCCGGCAUUCGCUGCGAGCAGCCCCGCUGUGACCUCGCCGACGACGCUGGCCCGGACUGUGACCGCGCGCCAGGCACCGUCCCGCGCCCCGACACCCUGCUCGGAUGCCUGCUGCUGCUCGGGCUGGCCGCCCGUCUGACCUGCUGAGCCCGUUUUAGGGGUCCGGGGGUCCCGGGCCCGGCGGCGAUACGGGUGCGGCCGAGCUGCUCCCAGGUGCUACUCGCAGAGUCCUCCUGCCCUCCCUGCUCCGCCCGCUCUCACCAGCCCCGCCCGGCACUGCCCUCGCCGGCCACAGGGGGCGCUGUGGAGCCCUGGCUCGGCGGACUGCGACUUUGAGUUUUUUUAUGACCUAAUGUCUCUAUUUUUUUCUCAUUUUUCCAUUUUCCCAUGUUUCUUUCUUUGCUCUUUCUUCUUCUUCUUCUUCUUCUUCUUCUUCUUCUUCUUCUUCUUCUUCUUCUUCUUCUUCUUCUUCUUCUUCUUCUUCUUCUUCUUCUUCUCCUCCUCCUCCUCCUCCUCCUCCUCCUCCUCCUCCUCCUCCUCCUCCUCCUCCUCCUCCUCCUCCUCCUCCUUCCUCUCCUCCUUUACUUGCUCCUCCUACCCCUCCCCCCUUCUCUUCCUCCUUUCUUUUGCUGGUGGUGAGACAGGGACUGGGAAGAAACGCUGCUCAUCCCAACACCCGCAAGUCCUGCCAUACACAACACACAACACACACACACACACACACACACACACACACACACACACACACACACACACAGAACUCUUGUGCACACCCCAGCGCCUGUUCCUGGCUGCCACCACCAGCCAGCGGACCUGGAACUCCAGUUGCCUACAACUCUAGUCACUGACUUGAUUCUCUUUUGUAUCUUUCUUUCUUUCUUUUUUUUUUUUUUCACUCACCAGACCCCAGGCCCCCAAGGAGGCCUAGAGACAGAGGUACUCACUGUCUGGGGGAGGGGUAGGACAAAGGGCGGGAAGGGGUGGAAACCUUGUUUUCUAGAGAACUAUUUUGUUUGUAUCCACUGUCCCUGUGAGGAGGGACUCGGGUGGGAGCUGGUCACCAAGGGUGGCUGAUGGUGUACAAGCCCACAGUAAAGCAACUUCACAGCUG